AAAUCCCACCCGUAAAGGCUAAACGCUUCGUCUCCCUUCCCUCAGCUACACGCAGACUGCGCAGUUGAUUCUGGUAUUCAACGAGGAUUCACCCCGGCUUUGGUUUCUUUCGGCAACCCUAAUCCUUGCAGCGCGCGGUGUUAGAUCAAUCUGUCUAGCAGCAAAGAUGACCUUAGAAAUUGAGGCUCGGGAUGUGAUAAAGAUUGUGCUGCAAUUUUGCAAGGAGAACUCUCUGCAGCAGACUUUCCAGACCUUACAGAAUGAGUGCCAGGUCUCACUGAAUACUGUGGAUAGCAUUGAGACAUUUGUGGCUGACAUCAACAGUGGAAGGUGGGAUGCGAUACUGCCCCAAGUGGCUCAGCUCAAGCUUCCCAGGAACAUAUUAGAGGAUUUGUAUGAGCAGAUUGUGUUAGAAAUGAUUGAACUUCGUGAGUUGGACACAGCACGAGCAAUUUUAAGGCAAACUCAGGUGAUGGGUGUCAUGAAGCAGGAGCAACCUGAGCGAUACUUGCGACUAGAGCAUCUCCUAGUUAAAACUUACUUUGAUCCACAUGAGGUUUACCAUGAAUCAACAAAAGAGAAACGUCGUGCACAAAUUGCCCAAGCUAUUGCUACUGAAGUUAGUGUUGUGCCACCUUCUCGUUUAAUGGCUCUGAUUGGUCAAGCUCUUAAGUGGCAGCAGCACCAGGGGUUGCUUCCCCCUGGAACCCAGUUUGACUUAUUUAGAGGAACAGCUGCUAUGAAACAAGAUGUAGAUGACAUGUAUCCAACAAAUCUUGCUCACACGAUUAAGUUUGGGACAAAAAGUCAUGCAGAAUGUGCUCGAUUCUCGCCAGAUGGGCAGUUUCUCGUGUCUUGUUCUGUUGAUGGAUUUAUUGAGGUCUGGGAUUACAUUAGUGGAAAGCUGAAAAAGGAUCUACAGUACCAGGCAGAUGAAACAUUCAUGAUGCAUGAUGAUGCCAUCCUCUGUGUUGAUUUUAGCAGAGAUUCAGAGAUGCUUGCAUCUGGGUCACAAGAUGGGAAGAUCAAAGUUUGGCGUAUAAGGACUGGUCAAUGCUUGCGUCGUCUUGAACGAGCACAUUCUCAGGGUGUAACAAGUCUUGCCUUCUCUCGAGAUGGAAGCCAGUUACUUAGUGCAUCCUUUGACACCACAGCAAGAAUCCAUGGCUUAAAGUCUGGGAAGGUGUUGAAAGAAUUCCGUGGCCAUUCCUCAUAUGUCAAUAAUGCCAUCUUUACAAGUGAUGGAGGUCGUGUUAUUACUGCUUCCAGUGAUUGUACUGUCAAGGUGUGGGACGUGAAGACUACUGACUGCCUGCAUACGUUUAAGCCGCCACCUCCUCUGAGGGGAGGUGAUGCUUCGGUGAACUCUGUUCAUCUUUUCCCCAAGAACACAGAACAUAUUGUUGUUUGUAAUAGGACUUCAUCGAUAUACAUCAUGACACUUCAAGGGCAGGUUGUUAAGAGCUUCUCAUCUGGUAAGAGAGAAGGUGGAGAUUUUGCUGCAGCUUGUGUAUCACCAAAAGGAGAAUGGAUCUACUGUGUUGGUGAAGACAGGAAUUUGUACUGCUUCAGCUACCAAUCGGGUAAACUAGAGCAUCUAAUGAAGGUCCAUGAAAAGGAUGUAAUUGGCAUCAAUCACCAUCCCCAUAGAAAUCUCCUUGCUACUUACGGUGCUGAUAGCACGAUGAAACUAUGGAAGCCUUGAGCAUGCCUUCUCUUUGGUCAUAUUUAUUGGUGAUCACUUCUAAUCUCUAGUUUUGUUCUAAUGUAAUGCUGACUUGUGAUAGGUGAAAAUGUCAAAUUGGGUACACCUGUAUGUUUAUUAAAACAGCAAAAUUCUCUCAUCGUUCAAGAUUUUUGUUGCAUUUGUUUUGUACAGCUUACUAAUUUAAUUAGUAAUUAUUAUUGUGUGAAUCUUUAUUUAUGAUAUUUAAAAAUCAAUUUGAUCUUA